AUGUUUAACACAAUCUCCACCACGGAUGCCUUAAGGGAGAAGCAGUAUUGUCCCCUGCUAGAUGCCAUGCGGAAUCACAGCCUCAAUAACAACACAGAGGCCAAUUUGAUAGUGGUUUGCUUCCACGGACUGCUCUCCUGCUUUGGAAUUUUGGAGAACGUACUGAUCCUUUGGGUGGUGGGCUUCCGCCUGCAGCGCCGCACUGUAGCUUCAGUGUGGGUGCUCAACCUGGCCAUGUCUGACUUCCUAGCCACCCUAACACUUCCCCUUUUCACUUUAUACCUUAAUUCCUCCCAUAGCUGGCAGCUUGGUAGCCCACUUUGCAAAAUACAGGCUUCUAUCUUCUUCUUGAACAUGUUUGUGUCAGCCUUCCUGCUGGCAGCCAUUUCCCUGGACCGCUGCAUUCUGGUGACCAAACCAGUGUGGAGCCAGAAUCAUCGGUCAGUAGCAGGAGCAUGGAAAAUGUGUGCAUUGGGUUGGCUAUGGGCAGCAAUUAAUACAUUUCCUUACUUCCUGUUCCGCUCAGUGACUGACACACUGGAUGGGAGGAAAUUGUGCUAUCAUAAUUUUGCUAUGUAUUCAACCAUGCUUGAGAGAGAUUGCAAAGUGAGGCAAGCAGCAACAGCCACCUCCAAGCUGUUUCUAGCAUUCUUGUUCCCCUUGGUGGUGAUUGCAGGGAGCUACAUCCAAAUUGUUCUCAGCCUGAGAAACAGGAGGAGGAGGAGGAAGCAGAGUACCAGCAGGUUAACUGAUACACUGAUAAUGACAAACAAUACAAGUACCCCUACAGCCACAAAAAACACUAUCUCUCUUAAGCCUAUGGCCUCUGGUCCAUCAUUGGCGCUGAAAUCUAUUUCCAUGUCUCCCACCACCGCCCCUACUCAGAACAGUCAAGGCCAGCUGUCUCAGAGCUUCACCAAAAUGGUGACAUUUGUGAUCACAGCAUUUUUACUGUGCUGGGCUCCUUAUCACAUCUUCUGCAUGAUGGAAGUGACAGCACAGUAUGGGUACACAAAUCUGAAGCUGGUGGAAGUGGGGCUGCCCUUAGCUACAACUAUUGCAUUCUUAAAUCCAGUGUUGAAUCCCAUUCUGUAUGCCUUCAGCUGCCCACACUUCUGUGUAAGAAUACGACAGAGUCUGGGAGCAGUGUUUGACGGACUGGUAGAGGAGAGAGGAGGGAUACUGGUAGCCCAAGGGAAGACUUUACGAGCUCAUAUUAGGCGUAAGAGCAGUCGAGAUGUGAGCUUUGCAACACCAGGGUCACCAAAUGGUUCACACUUACCCCAUCAAUCACCUGACAGUCCACCUUCCGUCACACCUUCUUUCUCUGACAUUCGACAUGGCCACAAAGACAGUCAAACAGAGAAUUCAGGACAGGAAUCAAAAAAUGAGUUGGAUCAUAGCUGA